GCCCCGCGCGGGGCACCGCUCCCGGUCCCGGUCCCCAUCCCGGCCCUGCCCCGCCUUCGGGCGGUCACCGCGCCCCGGUGCCCGCGCUGCGGGAGGCCCUCCAGGGCCCGGCUCGGGCCGUACCGGCGGGGGGGAACGGGCACGGAGCUGCCGCCGCCCGCUCGGGCUCCGCCGGUGGCGCGGGGAUGCGCGGGGCCGUGCGCGGGUUCGCGCUGCUGCUGCUGCCGCUGCUGCUGCCCCGGGCCGCCCGCGGGGCCGCGGUGUGCGGGCUCUGCCCGGGGCCGCCGCGGAACGGCUCCAUCGUGGCCCGGUUCUGUGAGUCCCGGCACGACACCGAGAGCGAUGGGCGCUGCUGCCGGGAGCGGGGCCCGUCCCCGGGGCGGCUUCUGGGGCUGGACCUGAGCAACUGCUCCCUGCAGAGCGUUCCCCCGGGACUGGCCGAGGCCACCGCUGCCGUCAUCCUGGACCUGACUGAGAACCCGCUGACAGCUGUUCCCAGUGCUUCCUUCCUGGGCUUCACCCAGCUGCAGAGCCUCGCGGUGCCGCCGGCGCUGGAGUGCCCGGGUGGGAGCGACGCCUGGCAGGACGUGACAGUGGACAGGAGCAGCCGGCUGUGCCAGGGACAGAGGAACCCCUGCAACAGCUCCGUGCAGCUCGCCUGGCCGUGUCCUGAAAACUCCGUGUGUGCCCCCGACGGCCCCGGCCUCGUCCAGUGCCUCUGUGACAGUCCCUUCCAUGGCUACAAGUGCCUGCGUGAGGGCCCGUUCCCGAUGCUUCUCUUCGGAGGAAUCCUGGGCGCCGCCACCGUGUCCCUGUCCCUGCUGCUGUGGGGCACCCAGCGGAGGAAGGCCAAGAGCCCCUGAGCAGGGCAGGAGGCCGUGCCUGGGCUGGGAGCUCUGGGGCUCAAUAAAGCUGCAGCUCCUC